AAAUUAUGUAAACCAUUUGAAUUGAAAGGGAAUGAAAUAACGAAAUUUCUCCGUAGCAGUGAAGCCUGAAACCAGAGUCACUCCUCUAAUCCAUUCUUCCCCGUCCGUGUAAAACUACAAAUGGCAGGACGCAAACAUCACCACCACCAUAAUCUUCACUCUUCUCUCUCCCGCCGCGACGAGCCACGUCUCUCUCAUUCCUCCUCCUCCUCCACCUCAACCACCGCCCUCGAAGACCGCAUCACCACCCGCCACCGCGAAAUCCAAACCCUCCUCCACGACAACCAACGUCUCGCCACAACUCACCUCGCCUUAAAACAAGACCUCACCGCCACUCAACAAGAGCUUCGUCAGCUCUCCGCCGCUGCCGCCGAUGUCAAAGCCGAACGAGACGCCGAGGUCCGUCGGAUCUACGAGAAAUCGCUUAAGAUGGAUGCUGAGGUACGUGCCGUUGCGGCGAUGAAGUCUGAUCUUGAUCAGGUAAGGGCUGAUGUAAGGGAACUUGCGGAGGUAAGGAAGGAGCUUGUGGAACAUUUGCAGAGUGUUCAGAGUGAGCUUGCUUUGGCAAGGGAAGAUUUGAAGCCAUUGCCGAUUAUUAAAGUUGAUAUUGAAGCUUUGCGCCAUGAGAUUCAACGAGGAAGGAGUGCUAUUGAAUUUGAGAAGAAGACACAUGCCAAUAACCUUGAGCACAACCGGGUAAUGGACACCAAUAUGAUCAUCAUGACCCGUGAGGUUGAAAAAUUACGUGCUGAGCUGGCUAAUGCAGAAAAGAGGGCAAGGGCUGCAAUGGUUGCUGCUGCAAUUCCAAGUCCUGGAUAUCAUGCAAACAAUCCUGAAAUGGGGUUUGGUGGAAUCACAUAUCCUCAAGAUUCUUAUAGCAUGCAUCAGGUGAAGGUAGUAGCAGCAAGUAUGCUCCGUUUCAAGGUUGUCAAACCCGAGAGUCUAGAUCCAAGGUGGGGUUGAGGUUCAUCCACAGUAUGGAUAUGGAGCAACAUUACAUCAUCCUUAUGACCUUCAACAAUCACAAGUGCCAAGAUAGGUUUUCGACUAUGCUUUAAUUUAUGUAAAGUGAAAGGAAAAAAAUGUAACAUUGUAACAUAUUGCGAACAUUUUUCACCCUGAUAUUAUCUAUUCAAUAACUGAUUGCUUACAACUUUGAUGAUAUCUGAAAAUGGUAAAAAUUUGUCA